AUGGACCCUAAUGCUAUCAGCUAUGUACCUUUGUGGAUUCAACUGCCUGGUCUGCCAUGGGAGUUCUGGACAAUUGAGAUUUUGAGUAAGAUUAGGAGCUUCUGUGGAACUCCACUUUAUAGUGAUCAGUGUACUAUCAGUAAGGUUAAGUUGAACUUUGCUAGAGUACUUGUUGAAAUGGAAGUUGCUGGUCCAUUUCCUGAAGUUCCUGACCUCCAGGAUGAGAAUGGAAAUGUCUUUAAGCAGAAAAUAGUCUAUGAGUGGAGGCCCUUGUUCUGUGACAAAUGCUAUAGAAUGGGGCAUUCUAUCAAAAACUGUAGAGUUACUCAAAAUACUAAAAAAGCCCUUGAGAAAAGUAAAGCAAGCAGCAGUUCUAAAAAAGGAGAUAACAAUGGUAAAGAAAGAAGUAACUCCUUCAGUGCCCUUGUUGACAUAGCUGGCACUGACAUUGAUACUGGAGAAGUGAUGUUUAGUAGCAAUUUGAAAUUUGGAUCAGUUGGAGAUGGGAGGAAGGCUAGGCUGAACUAUAGGAUGAUUGAUAUAGAUUGA